GGCCCCGCCUCGGCCCGCCCCGGCUGCCCGGAGAGGCCGCUCCGCGCCCGGCUGCCGCCGCCUUCGCGCUCGCACGCUUCGCCGGAGCCGCCCGCUUCGCCCCGCGCCUCCCCGUCCUUCUCCAGCCCGCGGCCGGCGCCCGCUGACGGCUCUCGGCGGCGGGGGAGCCGCUGCGGGGCGGCGGCGGUGCCUGAGGUAAAAGUCUCUUGACAACCACGCAGGAAGGUGGAUUAUUUUUAAAACAAUGAGCAUGCGUCUCUAGACAUGAUUUGUGGUUCAGUCCAGCUGGAGCUGUCUGAAUGAAGCUAUGGGCUGUGCGUCAGCCAAGCAUGUUUCUACUGUUCAAAAUGAAGAGGAAACUCAGAAGGGGAAAAACUAUCAGAACGGCGAUGUGUUUGGUGAUGAGUAUAGGAUCAAACCAGUGGAAGAGGUCAAAUACAUGAAAAAUGGGGGAGAAGAUGAUCAGAAAAUAGCAGCCAGGAACCAAGAAAACUUGGAAAAAAGUGCCAGUUCAAAUGUAAGACUUAAAUCUAAUAAAGAGAUCCCAGGAUUAGUACAUCAACCCAGAGCAAACAUGCACAUCUCUGAAAGCCAACAAGAAUUCUUCAGAAUGCUUGAUGAAAAAAUUGAAAAGGGUCGUGAUUAUUGUUCAGAAGAGGAAGAUGUCACAUAGUGCCAAUUCUGCCAAUCAAACCAGGAAUACUACUGUGUAAAUAGAUUACAACCCAGUUGACACCUUUUGGAAGUCUUCUAGAGCGAACAGCACUACAUAACAGAAGAAGAUCAUUUCCACAUUAUAUGCUCCAUUCAGUUACAGUGUUUCUUAAUGAACAGAUGAGGAAUAUUGCUAAGAACUCGUAAGGAACUGUUUUUGUUGCUGCUAGUUAAAACUUGUUGCAACUUUUCACUUUCUCUGUGUCCAGAUACGCAGCAAAUCCUUAAAGUUAAUCUGAAAGACGUUGUUGAUUUUAUUAAGGCUUCUGGCCUGUUUUCUAUCUAAUAAGGUAGUGUUAUACAAAGCUUCCAUAAGUGAACAUUCAAGCAUCUGAGAACACCCUUAAGCUGUCUGUCAGUCCGCGUACGGGCUGGAGUGCUUAUUAAUGCUGGUGAUUUCAAGCUUUGGAGAUGGGAUGUUUUGCCAUGGCAGGCCUUGUUUCUCUGCUCAGAAGAAAGCUGAGAAACUAUUAUCCAUUAAAAGCAUGUUAUCACUGAAAUACUGGAAGUGAUGCAGGAGCGGGAAUUUGUAUUUUAAGAGGAAAAGAGUUUCAUUUAAUAGGUAUCUUAAUCAAGGACUAAGCUUGCAGUAUUGGCUUUGCUGAGCACGAAUGGGAGUGUGAUCACAAUCAUUUUGAAUCUCUUUUUUUCUAAGAAAAUAAACAUUUUACUGUUUUUAUGUA